UUGAAGAGCUGAAUCUAAAAGAUGGACUACGAAAUUGUGUCCAGUUAUGGAAAAGAAGUUGGUGGACUCUUUGGAGCUAGCUAAGUCUUGGGAUGUGAUUGUUGCUAGUGAUACUGUGCUUGAGGUUCAUUCUUCUAUUUCUUUUUAUGUUGAUAUUGGUAGACAGACUUGUUCUUGCCAUGAAUGGCAAUUGAAUGGUUUUCCUUGUUGUCAUGCUGUGCAUGCUUUGCGUAGUAGUGGUAGAGAUGUGUAUGGUUUCAUUGAUCCUUUUUUUCAUGUAGAUUGUUUUAGAGAGUCAUACAAGGAAUCUGUUUAUCCAGUGCCUUCAAAUGAGAGAUUUGACUUUGAUGGUGCCAGUAGUUCGGUUAUCAAACCUCCUAUAACGAAGAAGCAGCCCGGGCGGAACAAGAAGAAGAGGAUACCUUCAAGGGGUGAGAAUGUGAAGCAAAUCAAGUGUGGGAAGUGCUUGAAAUAUAGGAAUCACAAUAAGAAGACGUGCAAGGCUGCUAUUUGA